UCCAGCGCCAGUGUGAGUGUGACGAUGGUGCCGGCAGAGAGCAUCCAAGGGCAAGGCCUGAGCACCGGCAACUGUGAGAGCGUGGAGGAGCUCGGGGACGACGUCGAAUCUGUGGAAAUGAGGAAGAAGAAGGAUUUGUCAGACGCAGAAACUGAGUUUCGUUGCGUGCGACAGAGAUCCAGCGGCACUGCCGAGGAUGCCGCGGCCGUCAAGCUGCUCUGCUUAAAGAAGGCGACAUGUAGGCAUGACAGUCGGACAGGGUUCCGUGGUGUGCGUCGGCGACCAAGCGGCAAAUACGUGGCGGAAAUCAUCAAACAGAAAGUUUGCAGAUGGCUCGGCACCUUUGAUACCGCCGAGGAGGCUGCCAGAGCAUACGACGCGGCGGCCAUCAAGCUGCACGGCGCUGCUGCCAAAACUAAUUUCAAGAGUCUGGUGGCUCCUGUUGCUGAUGACAUCAACCCCGGGCUAGUGCAAACGAUCGGCCUGACGCAGGCACCAGUGGUGGCAAAGGUGAACUUGAACAUUGAUGUCCGGAGAAAGGCGGUAGCGAGGUCGGACUGUCGGUCGGGGUUCCGUGGAGUGCAUUUGUAUCGUGGGAGGUACUUGGUGCAGAUCAGGGAGCCGGGGCGGCCAACAACUCGGCUACAGCUUGGCAUCUUUGACAACGUGGAGGAGGCCGCCAGAGUGUACGAUGCCGCGGCACUGAGGCUGUAUGGCGCCACGGCCAAAACUAACUUCGAGCAAACACCCACGGCUGCCACCUCUGAGGACUGCGAGGACUCGUCCAUGGACCUCCUCAACGACUUACCGGAGCUGCCGGUGCGUUGCCCGACCUUCUCUGUAGGGGCAGAAGUGGAGGAGUUCCUCAAGGACUUCACUGCUGGUUAACAGGUUCUGGAAAAACUCUGUUCUUCCUGUGUUUGUUUGUCUGUCGUGUAAAGUGUAGAAGAAAAGACACGUGUAAUGGUCAAUUUCUGCUACGUUUCUGUAGCACACGUCCAUAUAUGCAACGAAAAGUUCAGACAAA